GGAACCCCCAAGGCAGGGCAGGCCAUGACCAAGUAGUGUAGGCUGUGGGAUUGCACAGGGCCAUCUAAAAUUGUAGGCCCAAAAUUAAUUAGUACCCUAUGUUAUUACUCCGUAGUUGAUACUACGUAUAUAACCAUAAACAGUUGAAGGCACAUGCCCAAAAUUAGCUCAGUAGCUGCGGUUUAGUUUCAUUGGAAGCCAGGGUUCCGUUUUUCCUCAAGGGGAUUGAGUACUGGAUUUACGCUACACGCUUCACAAGUGGGCUCAAUUUUUACACCAUUGUUGCCUUCGACUUUUUACUAUUUAGUGGACUAGCGAGCAAAGCUCCGCUGCCCUUGAGUCCUCUAUGCCGCCGAUCUCUUCGGUCGCUACUCAGCAGGUGCAGGCGUCGAAUUUCUCUGCAGCGCCGGGGAUCACAGUAGAUAUUGGUCUCUCUGCCGCGCAGCUUCAUCUUCCGUCCACGAUGCUCUCCUCGGUCGAAAACUCACAGAUGCAGUCUUCGUUUUUCUCCUCUCAAGAUGCGGUCUGGACUCCGCCAAUAUUUACCUGGACCCCUACUCCACCUACGGUGCGUCCGGCGUCCUCAGUUCUCCUCUCUGGCAGUCGCAGCAUUCCCCACGUCGCAGAAUCCUCUGUUUUUGCUGGUCCGACACUCGCAGGUGAUCCAGGGAUUGCGCCACUCCUUAACUCAGGACCUAUCGCUCCUCGUUCGAAUAUUCUGCCCGGUCCAGGUUCUUCGUUGUCUGAUUUAGUUAAAACCAUUGGACUUUCUGCACUUAAUAUUACAAAUAUAGUUACCACUAAAUUGAAUGCCGUGGAAGAUUACUUGUCUUGGCGUACUCAAUUUGAGUCGUUUCUGGUCUCCAAUGGUUUUUUGGGUAUUUUAAAUGGCUCGAUUCCUGCUCCUCCCCCCUAUCUUUUUUAUGCAUGUCAGCGUGAGGUUCUUAAUCCAGAUUAUUGUAAUUGGUUAAAACUUGAUCAAACUGUCCGGUCUUGGUUGUUUGCUACUCUGUCACGUGAUGUGUUAAUUGAGGUUCGAGAAUUAAAAAAUGCUUCAGCUAUUUGGGGUCGUUUGGAGUCACAUUUUAUGUCUGCUAGUCUUGCUCGGUCCAUGGAACUGAAACGACAGCUAACUCAUUCUCGGAAGAGUCCCACUCAGUCCAUGGAUCACUAUCUUAGGGCUAUUAAAGAUAUUGCUGAUAAUUUGGCCUGCAUUAAUUCUCCGGUCUCUACCAAGGAACUCUUUGAGACUAUUUUGCUUGGUUUGGGAAGAGACUAUGAGUCUCUUAUUACUUCGGUAGAAUUGUUUCCUGAAAGUUUUACGUUUGAGAAAUUGCGCACACACCUCAUUGAGAAGGAGCAGACCAUUCAAUAUAUGCGUACCAUGGAAGACUCCACUCAAGCUCAGGCCUUUGCGGGUCAAGUUCAGCCCGCAGGACCACUUCCCCAUGGCGGGCAGCAGCAGCAGCAUAAUGGCGGCCAGCAGCAACAACAAAAUGGCGGCAGAGGACAACGCGGCCGAGGAGGCCGCGGGCAGCGUGGCCGAGGUGGCCGCGGCGGUCGGGGGCAGAGGGGUCGUGGCUAUGGCCCACAUCAGGCUGGCUAUGGUUUCGGCUAUGGCUAUCUUCCCCCCGGCUAUUUUCCAGGGGGUGCACCACAUGCUGGCAUUCUUGGGGCUCCAGGCUCAGCGGGCUCUUCUUCUGGUGAAGGGAAUUCAGUCCCUCCCCCCGUUGUUUGUCAGAUUUGUUAUGCUCCAGGUCACCCUGCGUCUACCUGUCCCUCUCGUUUUACUCAGCCGGCUGCACCUGCUCUUGCGGCUCACGCUCCUGAUGCAUCCGAUUUUGUUUGGUAUCCUGACUCAGGUGCCUCAGCGCAUAUGACACCACAUCUAGGACCUAACAACGGGGGCGGUUCUUCUUCGGGCGCAUAGUGAUAAUGGUGUCCACCCUGUUCGCCAACCUGCACCUUCACCCAUUGCUUUAUCCGCAGUUUCGUUAUCUUUAUGGCAUAAUAGAUUAGGACAUUGUGGUACUCGUGUUUUAGAUCAGCUUCGCAUUAAUAAUUGUAUUUCUG